UUUAUCUGUCUUUUGCCUGCAGCUUUCCUGAUGUCCCUGUAAAUCCAGCCUGGAAUCUCCUUAGUCCAGGGGGAGGGAACCUCUUGAAUUGAAAAGCUUCCUUCUGCCUCAGUUCCCUGCUUCCUUCCUCUGCCACAACAAGCACCAUCCCCUGAAGAUGGCGUCUGACAGCCCAGAGUCCCUGAUGACGUUAUGCACAGAUUACUGCCUGCGCAAUCUGGAGGGAACCCUCUGCUAUCUACUGGAUAAUGAGACCCUACGGCUUCACCCAGACAUCUUCCUGCCAAGCGAGAUUUGUGACAAGCUUGUCAAUGAGUAUGUGGAGCUGGUGAAGACGGACAGUGUCUUUGAACCCCAUGAAAGCUUCUUCAGCCUGUUUUCAGAUCCACGGAGCACGAGGCUAGCCCGGAUCCAUUUGCGGGAGCAGAUAGUGCAGGACCAGGACCUGGAGGCCAUCAGAAAGCAGGACCUGGUAGAGCUCUCGCUGACUAACUGUGAGAAGCUGACAGCCAAGAGCCUGCAGACCCUGUUGAGUUUCAGCCACACACUUGUCUCCCUGAGCCUCUUUGGCUGCUGUAAUAUCUUUUAUGAGGAAGAGAACCCAGGUGGCUGCGAGGAUGACUGCCUGGUGAACCCCACGCGCCAGGUCUUGGUCAAGGACUUUACCUUUGAGGGCUUCAGCCGCCUGCGCUUCCUGAACCUGGGUCGCCUGACCGAGGGGGUGAAUGUGGAAACAUUGCUUCGUCCCUUGGCUUCCCUCACAGCCCUAGAUCUGUCGGGGAUCCAGCUGCAAGAUGUGGUGUUUCUGACCCAGUGGAAGGACAGUCUGGUUUCCUUAGUGCUUUACAACAUGGACCUUUCAGAGGAGCACAUCCAAGUGAUUGCACAGCUCCGCAAGCUCAGGCACUUGGAUAUUUCCCGAGACCAUCUGUCCAGCUAUUACAAAUUCAAGCUGACCCGGCGAGUGCUGAACCUAUUUGUGGAAAACCUGGUAAACCUCACCUCGCUGGAUAUCUCAGGGCACACCAUGUUGGAGAACUGCACUAUCUCAAGCAUGGAGGAGAAAAUGGGCCAGACAAGCACUGAGCCAGCAAAGAGCAGCAUUGCCCCUUUCAGGGGGCUGAAACGACCACUCCAGUUCCUGGGCCUCUUUGAGACUUCUCUUUGUCGUCUGACACAUAUUCCAGCCUACAAGGUGAGUGGAGACAAGAACGAGGAGCAGGUGCUAAAUGCCAUCGAGGCAUACACUGAGCACAGGCCUGAAAUCACAUCCCGGGCCAUCAACCUUCUUUUCGACAUCGCCCGUAUUGAGCGCUGCCACCAGCUGCUGAGAGCCCUGCAGCUGGUGAUCACAGCCCUCAAGUGCCAUAAAGAUGAUAAGAACAUCCAGGUGACAGGCAGUGCAGCCCUCUUCUACCUUACAAACUCAGAGUACCGGCCUGAGCAGAGUGUGAAGCUACGGCGGCAGGUGAUCCAAGUGGUGCUGAAUGGCAUGGAGUCUUACCAGGAAGUUACAGUGCAGCGGAACUGCUGCCUGACACUGUGUAACUUCAGCAUCCCAGAGGAACUGGAAUUUCAGUACCGCCGCGUCAACGAGCUGCUGCUGAACAUCCUCAACCAGAGUCGGCAGGAUGAGUCCAUCCAGCGCAUCGCUGUGCACCUCUGCAAUGCCUUGGUCUGCCAGGUGGACAACGACCAUAAGGAGGCUGUGGGCAAGAUGGGGUUUGUCAUGACCAUGCUGAAACUAAUUCAGAAGAAGCUGACAGACAAAACUUGCGAUCAGGUGAUGGAGUUCUCCUGGAGCGCCUUGUGGAAUAUCACAGAUGAAACUCCUGAUAACUGUGAGAUGUUCCUCAACUACAGUGGCAUGAAGCUGUUCCUGGAAUGUCUGAAAGAGUUCCCGGAGAAGCAGGAGCUACAUCGCAACAUGCUGGGUCUGUUGGGGAAUGUGGCAGAGGUGAAGGAGCUCCGCCCCCAGCUUAUGACCUCUCAGUUCAUCAGUGUGUUCAGCAACCUGUUGGAGAGCAAAGCGGAUGGGAUUGAGGUAUCAUACAAUGCAUGCGGGGUCCUUUCCCAUAUCAUGUUUGACGGCCCAGAGGCUUGGUGUAUCUGUGAGCCACGCCGGGAGGAAGUGGUAGACAGGAUGUGGGCAGCCAUCCAGAGCUGGGACAUUAACUCCAGGAGAAAUAUCAAUUACAGGUCAUUUGAGCCAAUCCUUCGACUCCUUCCACAAGGCAUCUCCCCUGUCAGCCAGCACUGGGCUACCUGGGCACUGUAUAACCUCGUCUCUGUCUACUCUGACAAGUAUUGCCCCCUGCUGAUCAAAGAAGGAGGGAUCCCUCUUCUGAAGGACAUGAUUAAAAUGGCUUCAGCACGGCAGGAGACAAAGGAAAUGGCCCGGAAAGUUAUAGAGCACUGCAGUAACUUUAAGGAGGAGAACAUGGACACUUCCAGAUAGAGGCAGUGCCUCUUGCCAGCACUGUAUCCAGCUUCUCUCUAAUUCACUGUAUAUAGGGAGGACUCUUUCUCACCAGCUUGGCUGUUGGAAGGAACCUUUAUGUGUGUGCGUGUGUGCGCAUGUGUGUAUGUACGUGUGUGUGUGUGUGUGUGUGUGUGUGUGUGUGUGUGGGAGGGAGGGAGACCCUCAGUAGAUGAAGGUGCACAGGGGGAGGGGGGAGGGAUUUUUUGCACAACAGAUGCUUUCCUUAAAGUAGUGGAUUUUUCGUCUGGAUUGAAGUUGUGUGUGUGAUUUCUGUAUAAAAACAAAAAACCUGAAA